CACACACACACACACACACACACACACAGCCCUCUGGCUGGCAGGCAGGCAGGCAGAUAAUGCUAGAGUCUAACCCUUCUCUUCCUGGCAUGCUGUGGAGUUUUAAGGAUUUGGGGAUGUGGGGGAUUAGAGGAUUUCAGAUUGCAGUGAGGAAGAGAGAAAGAAAGAAAGUGAGCCAUAAAAUGCAGCUAUCAAAAAAUAAGAGAGAUGGGAAACCUGCCUUUAUCUCCAUGUAGUUGACCUGUUGUAUUGCUCUUCAAUUAAUCAUGUUCUACUGUGAACAUUUGCAUUUUGCAUUUUGAACAGUGAAAAUGUCUGAACAUGAGAUUCACCACUGGAAAUGACUGAGGGUUUCCAAUGGACAGCCUUUCAAAUACAAUUUUACUUUGGAAGUUUGGAAGUGAAAUUGCUAUCCAAAGUCUAUUUUACUUUAUUUUACUCUGAACUCCCUCAUCUUCGAUAGCAGUGUGACUCUGAGCCAUUCUCCAUUGCUGUGGCUCCCCUCUCGUUCCCAGGGAAAUAUCAGCUGUCAUGGCGAUGUGUUGGAGGGAGAGCCUGUGAGUAAUUGAGGGAUACAGGGCAGGGAUAGCACCACCACUCCCUGCCUUCCUCAGAGAUUGCCCUUUGCAGAAAAUGAGCUGAGCAGUACACGCCAAUCAUUUUUAUUCAAUUGAUGACAGUGGAUCGUUAAGGCUCUUGAAAGAUUUAAAUCCAAAAGGUCAACCUUGGCUUAUCAUUGAACACUCUCCUUGUGCAUUGUGGACAGCAACAUGUGUAAUACAAUAUGUAAUACAACACUACCAAUACAGUACAACUCAUGCUGUGCACAGCAGGCAGUGUAUAUCUCGUAUCGUGCCAUUAGCUCUAUGCAAAAGUGGACCACCUUCUGGUUUUCUUUCUGGAGAUCAGUCGAUUCAUAACAGCCAGUAGAGAGUGCAUACAUCUGUCUAAUGACAAGGUUUCUAUGGAAACCAGGUUAGAUUUUGAAGGCACUUGAAGUGAAAAAACCCCAGGCUUGAGUUUGCUCUGACUCUUCUUCAAAACAAAGUUUAAUUCAAUUUGUGGGCCGUUCUGAAAGGCUACAUAUGCUUCAGCCAAGGCCCAGCUUGGUAGAACUCUCUAUCGGGAUGGAAGCAGUUCUCAGCCAGCCCUUUUCAUCUUUCAUCAUUCUUCCAUUGAAAGACUUAACAAUAUAGGCUUUUACUGGGCCUACUGGUGCCGGUGUUGAGCUUGAUGUUGAUAUAAUUGUAUGUUGGAGCUUCUGAGCUUUCCAGAUAUAACAAUAUUAAUACAUUUGUAUUAUGAAUCCUUAAAAAAUAUAUACAUCCAACAACGUAACAUGUUCUUUCAUAUGGUAUUUUGAUAUAAAGACUUUGAACACAUGACUUGAUUAGGUGUAAAUAUAAGGGUGGAACCACAGCUACAUGUACCACUACUGCACUAGCUGUCCUUAGUCUUUACUGUGGUUUGACCUUUCUCAUUUGCAUAAUAUUGUAAUCAAAACAUUAUUUACCAUACAAAAUGUGUAGCGGUGUAAUUUAUAAGCAUGGCCCUGUGGGAUGGUAUGAAUUGUAUACCCUCUGCUCUCCCCUGUGCUACAUCAACCCUACCUUCCUUCUUUUUCUUCUUCAAUUAGGUUUUAUGGCCAUUGGCCUCCAAUAUGUUGCAUCACCGCAACCAACUGAACUGGUGUAUAAAUCCAUUAUACACUACAUAACCAAAAACGUCACUUUUGGCCUCCUCCUCGGUGUGUUUGUGGUGUGUGGCUUGGUCCUGCUGACUCUUUGUGCCUUUGCCUCCUGGAAGCUGUGCUGGGUGCCUUAUCUGCGGAAUAAAGAGGCAGCGGCCCUCUCUUCCAACUCUGCAGCCCUCACUCCAGCCUGUGGUCCCCCAGACGACUGCCCUCCCUUCCACCUCCACCUCCACCCUCAUCACCCCCUCCACCACAACCAGCACAAGUUCCUCCCCAGCCCCAACCAGCAAAAGUCACCGGUCACCAUGGCUACAGAUAAGGUGAAAGACCCGAUGGGUUCCAUGGGAUUCCUAGAGGCUGCUGUGAAGAUAAGCCACACAUCGCCUGACAUCCCCGCCGAGGUGCAGCUCUCAAUGAGGGAGCACUUUUUGAGGCGCACGCAACGCAUGCAGCGGCAAGCCACUGAGCCCGCUUCAUCCACCAGACACAGCUCAUUCAAAAGGCACCUGCCCAGGCAGAUGCAGUCCAUCAGCCUGGACCUGGGCAACGACUAUGCGGAUGAGGAGGAGCAGCCCACCAGCAUCGGACGCAUCAAACCAGAACUCUACAGACAGAAGACCUUGGAUACAGACGAGUCCGCCAAGAACAGCAACGCCAAGAACUGUGGGAAGAUCAACUUCUCCCUGAAGUACGACUAUGACAAUGAGGCCCUCCUGGUCAACAUCCUCAAGGCCUUCGACCUGCCCGCCAAGGACCUGUGCGGCAGUUCCGACCCCUACGUUAAAAUCUAUCUUCUCCCAGAUCGCAAGAAGUUCCAGACUCGCGUCCACCGGAAGACGCUCAACCCCACGUUUGACGAGUCCUUCCAGUUCCCCGUGCCUUAUGAUGAGCUGGCUGUUAGGAAGCUCCACAUGAGUGUGUUUGACUUUGACAGGUUCUCCAGACAUGAUAUGAUCGGGGAGGUGGUGGUGGAUAACCUUGUUGAGACGUCAGACCUCUCCAGGGAGACAGACAUUUGGAGGGACAUUCAGUACGCCACAACUGAGAGUGUAGACUUGGGAGAGAUCAUGUUCUCACUAUGCUACCUGCCAACUGCAGGACGACUCACUCUCACCGUCAUCAAGUGCAGGAACCUCAAGGCCAUGGAUAUCACUGGAUACUCAGAUCCAUACGUCAAAGUGUCUCUCGUCUGUGACGGGAGGCGUUUGAAAAAGAAGAAGACAACCAUCAAGAAGAACACUCUGAACCCCACGUACAACGAGGCCAUCAUCUUCGACAUCCCCCCAGACAGCAUGGACCACGUCAGCCUGCACAUCUCAGUCAUGGACUAUGACUUGGUAGGUCACAAUGAGAUCAUUGGUGUGAACCGUGUGGGGUGCAGUGCUGAGGGGCUUGGCAAGGGCCACUGGAACGAGAUGCUGGCGUACCCACGCAAACCCAUUGCACACUGGCACCCCCUACUGGAGGCCAAGAAAUCAGAGAAAGAGUGGAAAACGCGGACGGCCAGUUUAGACAGCCAGGGCUCUUGCCCCUCCCCCAGGCCUCCUUCUAGCCCCUGAGCAGAACCACCUGUGACCCUAGCGAAAUGGUCUCCUCUCUCUCCUACUAAUCCUACAUCCUGUCUGGUCUGUCUGCCUGCGCCUGAGGAGAAACAUAACCCCACUCAGUCUCUUUCUCAGUCUUCACUCUCCCUCAAGUGUAGCAGCAAAGUGAUCCUGUUCCCAAGAACUGAUCCUGGAUCAGCAUCGCUGUCAGUUGUUUGUGACGUAACAAUGCUUUUUUUGAAUCAACAUGAAGUGUUGAACUUAGGUUUACUGAUCUGGAGUCAAUCCCAGUACUUAGGGUGCUUUGGUUUGAUUUUAUCCUGAGCUUCUCUCAUCAAGUGAGUCCCCAAAGGGGGAGCUUGUUGUCUGAGUGGAACAACAGACUGCUGGUUCCGAGUGUAUGUAUCUAUGGGUUGAGUCCAAAUGAAUGUGAUCACAGUUCUCUUACAGAGACUUGGUCCAACAUACUGAAGUUUCUGCUCAACACAGUGAGAGAGAGCGAGAGAGAGAGAGCGAGAGCGAGAGCGAGAGCGAGAGCGAGAGCGAGAGCGAGAGAGAGAGAGAGAGAGAGAGAGAGAGAGAGAGAGAGAGAGAGAGAGAGAGAGAGAGAGAGAGAGAAUAGGGGAAACAUAGUGAGAAAGCCAGUCAGUGGUCAUUACAAGCUGUCACUUUAUAUUGGAUCAGUUGGUCAAAAUCUGUUGCUUUCCUAAAGAUAGGAAAUGAAAGACUGGAUUGACCUAAGGAAUAUCUAAAGCCGUCUGCCCUUACUAUCUAUCUACUAAUAUUGUGUGGCAGUAACAAAAACACUGAGGCACAAACAAAUGUGUAGUUCUUUUAACAAACAUUAAUUGUCAUAUUAACCAAGCCAAAGAAGGCAACAAAAAAUGACAUAUUUCACAAUAGUACCUAUGUUGAAUAUUUUCUCAAUGUAAACCAUUACAUGUUCAGGAGUAAUGAGCAGAACUUAAAGGGAUGGUUUAGACCAGUCAAAUAGUGUUCAUCAAGUUUACAGAGGGUCAUAAAGAAAAAAAUAUGUGCAACACAUCAUAUAAGCACAUUGCAACACCAUUGGUGCGUAGUGCCUCCUGAGAGAGUCUUUCUAUGGAAUGAAAAAAUGUUAAAUAGCAUACAGACUCUGAACCACCCUUACCUCUCCCUCCUGUUUGUUUCCUUGUUAGUCUUGGUGCCCUUGCCUAUUCCAUCGGAGAGUGUAUUCUCAUUACUCCUGCUCCCAUAGUUUUUCUCUGUCAGCUGAACGUAUUACACAUCUCAGCACCUUCUUAUUGUAUUCUGUUCUCUGGGGUUGGUUUGAACUGUACAGCACAGCCCUCUAUCUGCUAAUGUAAAGUUUGUAUUUCCCACCAGAAUACAAAGUAGAUUACAUUGGCUUGCGAAAGUAUUCACCCCCCUUGGCAUUUUUCCUAUUUUGUUGCUUUACAACCUGGAAUUAAAAUAGAUUUUUGGGCGGUUUGUAUCGUUUGAUUUACACAACAUGCCUACCACUUUGAAGAUGCAAAUUAUUUUUAUUGUGAAACAAACAAGAAAUAAGACCAAAAAAACAUUAAACUUGCAUAGUGCAUAACUAUUCACCCCCCCCCCCCCCCCCCCCCCCCCAAAGUCAAUACUUUGUAAAGCCACCUUUUGCAGCACUUACAGCUGCAAGUCUCUUGGGGUAUGUCUCUAUAAGCUUGGCACAUCUAGCCACCGGGAUUUUUUCCCAUUCUUCAAGGCAAAACUGCUCCAGCUCCUUUCAGUUGGAUGGGUUCCGCUGGUGUACAGCAAUCUUUAAGUCAUUAUCUUUGGUCUCUCUGUUGCCUCUCUGAUUAAUGCCCUCCUUGCCUGGUCCGUGAAUUUUGGUGGGCGGCCAUCUCUUGGCAGGUAUGUUGUGGUGCCAUAUUCUUAAAUUUUUUAAAUAAUUUAAUGGAUUUAAUGGUGCUCCGUGGGAUGUUCAAAGUUUCAGAUCUUUUUUUAUUACCCAACCCUGAUCUGUACUUCUCCACAACUUUGUCCCUGACCUGUUUGGAGAGCUCCUUGGUCUUUGUGGUGCCGCUUGCUUGGUGGUGCACCUUGCUUAGUGGUGUUGCAGACUCUGGGGCCUUUCAGAGCAGGUGUAUAUGUCACAACUUACGCCAAAGUCGGUCCCUCUCCUUGUUCGUGCGGCGUUCGGCGGUCGACGUCACCGACCUUCUAGCCAUCGCUGAUCCAUUUUUCUGUUUCCAUUGGUUUUGUCUUGUAUUCCUUCACACCUGGUUCCAAUCCCAUCAAUUACAUGUUGUGUAUUUAACCCUCUGUUUCCCCUCAUGUCCUUGUCGGAGAUUGUUUGAUUGUAUGUUAUGUGCAAGUUAUGUGUUGGUAUGCAACGGGUUUUGUACCCACUUUUAUUAUUUUGUAUAUUUUGGUAUUUUGGAGUUUUGUGAGCACUUAUUAAACGACUCCAUUUAUACCAAGUUUGUUCUCCUGCGCCUGACUUCCCUGCCACCAACACACACCCUUUACAGUAUAUAGACUGAGAUCAUGUGACAGAUCAUUUGACACUUAGAUUGCACAAAGGUGGACUUUAUUUAAGUAAUUAUGUGACUUCUGAAGGUAAUUGGUUGCACCAGAUCUUAUUUAAGGGCUUCAUAGCAAAGGGGUGGAUACAUAUUCACGCACCACUUUUCAGUUUUUUUUAUUUUUUUAUUUUUAGAAACAAGUAAUCUUUUCCAUUUCAAUUCACCAAUUGGGACUAUUUUGUGUAUGUCCAUUACAUGAAAUUCAAAUAAAAAUCCAUUUAAAUUACAGGUUGUAAUGCAACAAAAUAGGAAAAAUGCCAAGGGGAUGAAUACUUCUGCAAGGCACUGUAUAUCUAGUAUUGUUGUGUUGUGGGAGUUUUCCUUAUCCUUAAGUGUUCAGAACUCUCCUCGAAAAGAGGAGAACAUCACCCUCGGGGGACCAAUAAUCAACUAUUCAUUUUAGAUUUAUUUUAUAUCAAGAGGCACCAUGGAAACUAGCGGUUUGUAAUGAGCUGACUCUGAAUCUGCCCUUCAUACAAGGACCAGUUUAUUGGAUAUUGUUGAGGAGCUUGAUCUGAAUCCAAACAAAUGAUUUGCAUUAUUGAACCCUUUUCCCAAUGCUUCGACAAAAUCCAAUUAGUCGGCCUUUACAUGUAGGCAGUCAUGUAUGUAGCUACUUCUAUUGUAUGCCAUACAUGUGUACUAUUGGGUCUAAUGUUUGAUUAUGAUGGCUUUGUAAUAUUUCUAUUUAUUUCUACAUUGUGGUACUGUGAUGAGUGCAGUACAACCUAAUAUUUGAUGUCCUCUCAAUAGCCAAAUAUGUAUUAAACAGACAAAAGAAAACAAACUGAUUGGUGUAUAGGUUUUUGGUGCCAAAUGUGCUUGUAGCAAAGGUAGACUAUAAUUUGCUCUGUGACAAAAAUAAGGAAAGUAAUGUCAAUCAUCAAAAUUAAUAUUUUCUUUCCAGUGAGACUUAUUAUUUUCUUAUUUUCUGUCAUUGUUUCAAUUAUUAGAACAAAUACAUCAUGGAUUGCAAAUGUUUUUUAAUAAUACAAUGUGCAACUGAAAGUAGGCUACCAUUUGAGAGAGGAAUUUUAGUAAUAUCUUCAAUUUGAGUAGAAGGAUUCUUGUUUAUCCCAGUUGGGUUAUGUAAGAUGUAAUACAAAUCAGGAAUCUUUAUCAAUGUUGUUUUAUGUUGACCGUGACAGUGUUUUGAUUUGACAUUGGCGAGCACAUGUUUGAAAGCCGGUCUGCCUAUAAUGUGGGUAUCAGGAAAUGGGUGUUGUUUGUAGUACAUGAGGAGCAUUUCUGAGUAGCAUUCUUCUCUACGUUUAUCCCUUGAGUGCUCUAAACUGAAGCUUCUUUCUCCAUGCAUUCUGUCUACAGAACUUUGGCACUGAUCGUAUGGUAGUAGUUGUUUGUGAAUCAAAGAGGUAAUUGUAACUCAAUGAUAAUAAAAUCUAAAAUGGUCAUGACAAGGUGGCUUCUGCCUGACCACAGCUGCAGAGCAGAAGCAUGUUUUAAGAUGGUAUAAAUCAAACAGAGAGGAUAUGGAAGAACCAUGGGAAAAGUGAACAAGGAAAAUGGUUAAAGUGAAUGAACUAAAUAGACACACAAUAGAUCACUGUUUUAGCUAUUCCUCUUAGAGAGAGCAGGAGUUAACCUUGUUUACUUUGUCUACACUGUCUAAGAGACAGACAGACGGACGGACGGACGGACGGAGGGACUCCAACGUCCGUCCGUCCGUCCGUCCAUCCGUCCGUUUUGCAUUUGGAUAUUUUUCCAUCACCCUUUACCUUAAAGCUAAAAAUGGUAAAUAAACACUCACCCUUCAAAAUGUUGUUUACAGAAGUCACUAAUGAAACAAAACCUAAUUGAAAAUUAUUUAAGUUCUAGCAAUACGCACACUAUAUCAAGUGUACAAUUUGUGUCUUUGAUUCUAAUAAAAUACUUUUAAAAAAUCCAUAAACAUUUCAUGUUUUCACGGACGGACGGACGCAUUUCACGGACGGACGGACGGACGGACAGACAGACAGACAGACAGACAGACAGACAGUGUGGGGGAAACUAGCCAAUAGAUAGUCAAAGGCCGAUGUCUUGCAGUGAGUCAGUCAUUUCUCUAAUUGGCAGUUGGUGAGACGCAAUUCAAUGAGUCACUUGUUGGAUUCCCUCACACCAUUAUUGUUUCUUUCUGCACAAUGUGAUUAAUUGGGUUUCCUCACAUAGUAUGUGUAGUUACAGUACUGGUUACAAUCCUGCUAAGAUUCCUCCUGCCAUUACUGGCAGACUCCUGAUAGCUGAUUCACUACAGUUUGUUGGAUUGUUGGAUUCCCUCACACCACUAAAAUCUCAAAUUUUAUUUUUCACAUGCGCCGAAUAGAACAGUGAAAUGUUUACUUACACGCCCUUAACUAACAAUGCAGUUUUAAGAAAAAGACCUAAAAGAAAAAUACGAAAUAAAGAAAGAAAUAAUUAAAGAGCAGCAGUAAAAUAACAGUAGUGAGGCUUUAGACAGGAGGCACCUGUCUAAAGGUGGCCUUUUUAUCUGCUCAGUGUGAUUCUUCAGUUGUUCUCACAUACAGUAUAUAGGUAUACGCUUGCUGGUUACAUUCCUGAUUAGAUUCAUAACAUUUCUGUACCGACACCUGACUCCCAAGUUUGUUUCUAUUUGACAAAAAUUGUUGAAAUAACUGACUGUAGAUUUGGUUCUUCCUCUGUUUCAGUAACGUGCGUUUAAUAAUGAUGAUGAUCUUGUGUUCUGAUAAUAUAGCCUAGUGUGUUUAUUUCCAUAGUAGGUAUCAUACUAAAUCGAUUUAGCCUCAGUUUAUGGACUGUUUUAAAGACCUUAUUGCUUUGGCUAUUAUUAUUAUCGUUAUGUUCCUCAAUAUGAUGUUGUAUCCCUUCCAUUCCUCCUGGAUAGCUCUGACUUUCCAAUUUUGUAUUGAAGAUUUGUAUUGUAAUAUAACUGUUUGACAACUGUUCUUGUAAUUGAAGCCAAAUGUUGUUAGUUCAGAUAAGGGUUUUAUUUUUGGUUGCUUUUAAAUCCUGAAUCGUUAUGACUCAUAAUAUGAGGUCCAAUGUGUAAUAAACUGAUCAAAAAAAUAUAAUUGUAUCUGUUGUUAUAUAUAUGUAACAUUUAAUUAAUGAGCAGUAUUGCAGCAACAGAAGACAUGUUUUGAAUUAUGGUGGUGUAAAGUUGUGUUUUAAACAUGAAGUACUUAUUCUAAUUUUAAGAUUUCACCUAAGAUUGAACUUUUUUGUGAAAUAAUUGUAUUCUUUGUGCAGGUGAACUUAUAAUUUAGCUGGAGAAUGUCAAUUUCACAACUACGUAUCUCAAAGUGUACAACAAAGGGACCAAGCAGUAGGAAAGAGAAAAUGGUUUGAACUAUAAAAUGUAAACACAACAUGUAAAGUGUUGGUCCCUUGUUUCAUGAGCUGAAAUAAAAAAUCGCAGAAAUGUUUCAUACGUACAAAAAUAUUAUCUCUCAAAAAUAUUGUGCACAAUUUUGUUUGCAUCUCUGUUAGUGAGCAUUUCUCCAAGAUAAUUGCCAAGAUAAUCCAUCCAACUGAGAGGUGUGGCAUAUCAAGAAGCUGAUUAAACAGCAUGAUCAUUACACAGAUGCUCCUUGUGCUGGGGACAAUAACAGGCCACUCUAAAAUGUGCAGUUUUGUCACACAACACAAUGCCACAGAUGUCUCAAGUUUUAAGGGAGCGUGCAAUUGGCAUGCUGACUGCAGGAAUGUCCACCAGAGCAGUUGCCAAAAAAAUCUAAUGUUAAUUUCUCUGCCAUAAGCCGCCUCCAACGUUGUUUUAGAGAAUUUGGCUGGCCUCACAACUGGCCUCACAACCCCAGACCCUGUGUAACCACGCCAACCCAGGACCUCCACAUCCGGCUUCUUCACCUAUGGGAUCGUCUGAGACCAGACCUUUCCAGGCCCACCCAUGGCUGCUCCAAUGCCCAGUCAUGUGAAAUCCAUAUGUUAGGGACAAAUGUAUUUAUUUCAAUUUACUGAUUUUCUUAUAUAAACUGUGGGUUUCCGUCCUGUGGGUUUUCAGUCCAACCCUAAUUUAACACACCUGAUUCUACUAAUUAGCUGCUCAACAACACCUUAACUAGCUGAAUCAGAUAUGCUAAAUUAGGGUUGGACUGAAAACCUACAGGACAGAAGAUCUCCAGGAAGAGGAUUGGGCAGCCCUGACAUAGACCGUCCCACAGACUACGAAGGCUGCCUCCACAUUCUCCCGAGGACACUAUGUGUCCAACAUCUGCUCUAUAUCCAGGCUGUCUCAGACCAUCUUAGGCAGGUGAAGCGUCUCACUCUUGGAUGGUGGCAUACAAAACCCAGAGGCCUUCCUCAUUGGCAGCCAUGUCCAAAACAGUCUCUGGGUUGAGGCUCUAAACGGGUCUAUGGUCCGCCACCUCCACUAGAAACACAGCACUGUCUGUCACCCAAUCAAAUAACACUUUAUUGGUCACAUACACAUAUUUAGCAGAUGUUAUUGCGGGUGUAGCAAAAUGCUUGUGUUCCUAGCUCCAACCGUGCAGUAUUAUCUAACAGUGCAGUAAUAUCUAGAAAUGAUUCACAACAACACACAAAUCUAAAAGUAAAAUAAUGGAAUUAAGAAAUAUUUAAAUAUUAGAUCAAGCAAUGUCGGAGUGGCAUUGACUAAAAUACAGUAAGAAUAGAAUACAGUAUAUAUAUAUAUGUGAUGAGUAAAGCAGUACGUAAACAUUAUUUUAAAUAUUAUUAAAGUGACUAGUGUUCCAUUAUUAAAGUAUCCAGUGAUUCCAAGUCUAUGUACAUAGGGCAGCAGCCUCUAAGGUGUAGGGUUGCCUAACCAGGUGGAAGCCGGCUAGUGAUGGCUAUUUAACAGUCUGAUGGCCUUAAGAUAGAAGCUGGUUUUCAGUCUCUCGGCCACAGCUUUAAUGCACCUGUACUGAUGGGGUUUUGGGGAUAAUGGGGUGAACAGGCCGAGGCUCGGGUGGCUGAUGUACUUGAUUAUCUUUUUGGCCUCCCUGUGACAUCAGGUGCUGUAGGUGUCCUGGAAGGCAGGUAGUUUGCCCCUGGUGAAGCGUUGGGCAGACCGCACCAUCCUCUGGAGAGCCCUACGGUUACGGGCGGUGCAGUUGCCAUAUCAGGUGGUGAUACAGCCCGACAGGAUGCUCUCAAUUGUGCAUCUGUAAAAGUUUGUAAGGGUUUUAGUGGCCAAGCCAAAUUUCUUCAGCCUCCUGAGGUUGAAGAGGAGCUAUUGCGCCUUCUUCACCACACGUUCUGUGUGGGUGGACCAUUUCAGAUCGUCAGUGAUGUGUAUGCCGAGGAACUUGAAGCUUUCCACCUGCUCCACUGCGGCCCCGUCGUGUGGAUAGGGGCAUGUUCCCUCUGCUGUUUCCUGCAGUCCAUGAUCAGCUCCUUUAUUUUGUUGACAUUGAGUGAGAGGUUAUUUUCAUGGCACCACUAACCUCCUCCCUGUAGACUGUCUCGUCAUCAUUGGUAAUCAGGCCUACUACUGUUGUGACAUCUGCAACUUGAUGAUUGAGUUGGAGGUGUACGUGGCCACGCAGUCAUGGGUGAACAGGGAGUACAGGAGGGGGCUGAGCACGCACCCUUGUGGGGCCCCUGUGUUGAGGAUCAGUGAAGGGGAGGUGUUGUUUCCUACCUUCACCACCUCAAUGAAAGAGCAUUCUUACAUAGGUAUUCCUCUUGUCCAGAUGGGAUAGGGCAGUGUGCAGUGCUAUGGCGAUUGCAUCGUCUGUGGAUCUAUUGGGGCGGAAAGCAAAUUGAAGAGGGUCUAGGGUGUCAUGUAAGAGGUGAUGUGAUCCUUCUGUAACUAGCCUCUCAAAGCACUUCAUGAUGACAGAAGUGAGUGAAAUGGGGCGAUAGUAAUUUAGUUCAGUUACCUUUGCUUUCUUGGGUACAGGAACAAUGGUGGACAUCUUGAAGCAUGUGGGGACAGCAGAAUGGGAUAGGGAGAGAUUGACUAUGUCCGUAAACACUCCAGCCAGCUGGUCUGCGCAUGCUCUGAGGAUGCGGCUAGGGAUGCCGUCUGGGCCAGCCGCCUUGUGAGGGUUAACAUGCUUAAAUGUCUUACUCACGUAGUGGAAGAUAGUGUGGGCAAGAUGAGUGGGAUACAGAUAUGCUGGAGUAUAGUAAAGUGGUAUUUUCUUCAAAGAGCUUUUUGCUGAUCAACAGUAAAUUGUAUCUCUCAAGACAACAAAGUUUUUUGGGGAGCUGUUUGUGCACACGCCAUUUUCUCUUGAGGAAGGGCCGGGAGCCGAAGUCUAUGUCCCUUCGUCUGUGAUUGUUCAACAGUAGUAUUCCUAGUAGAAGUGGGAACUAUGGACGGGAUUUUUCAAUUAAGUGUUUGUUGUCAUUCAACGAGAGACGACUAGUUUUCCCACACAUUUUUUCACUUGAGAAAUACUGCACCAACAUCUUAUGUGUAAAAUUCUGUGACUAAGACCUCUGAAAAAACUUAGAAAUGAAUUCAGACUUUUUUGAGGAAAUGUCAUGGCUAUGUUGUUGCUACGGUGGCUCAAGAGUGACAAAUAAUAAUAUCACCGCUUAGCUUUAGGGAGUAUGCGAGCACUGAUGUUCACGUCGCCUAGCCGAGUUCUGCUAGGCGCAAACCAAACCUAUGUUUGCGGACACCUUAAGAGCCCCUGGUAAACGCUUUACAUUAAAGUUAUAACUGUUUUUUAUUAUAAACUAAUGUAUAAACUAAUAAUUCCUAGUUUAUAAACUACUUCUUAAUCUUUUAUAAACCUUUAUUUAAUGUUAAUGUGCUACCGAACCCCCUGAUCGCUCAGGAGGCUAUGCAGAUGCUGAAAAGCUUAGUGAUGCUGAAAGGCUUAGUGAUGCUGAAACUCUUAGUGAUGCUGAAACUCUUUGUGAUGCUGAAACUCUUAGUGAUGCUGAAACUCUUUGUGAAGCUGAAACACUUUGUGAUGCUGAAACUCUUAGUGAUGCUGAAACUCUUAGUGAUGCUGAAACUCUUUGUGAAGCUGAAACACUUUGUGAUGCUGAAACUCUUAGUGAUGCUGAAACUCGUUGUGAUGCUGAAACCUUUUGUGAUGCUGAAACUCUUAGUGAUGCUGAAACUCGUUGUGAUGCUGAAACCUUUUGUGAUGCUGAAACUCUUAGUGAUGCUGAAACUCUUUAUGAUGCUGAAACUCUUGGUGAUGCUGAAACUCUUAGUGAUGCUAAAACUCCUAGUGAUGCUGAAACUCUUUAUGAUGCUGAAACCCUUUUCUCUGUGUUUUCCAUGCUAUGUUAUACAGUUGACCAAAUUAACCUACUGUUGGUGAAAUAGGACUUUGAACAAAUUAACUAGUAGCAACCCAUUGAUUCAAAACGUAGGUCCAACCGCAAAUAAAAUACUUGAAAUAAA